AUGCUAACAUCCGCCUCCAAUGAGGAACAUCGCUCGACGUGGCUGCGUGGUUGGAAGCGACGUGGUUGGAAGCGAGCAGUGACGAUGAGACGCAACUCUGUCCAUCGCCAGCCACGACUACUCCGCCAAGAUUAUCCGACAAGAAAGAAUACCACAUCACCCUUUAAUCGUUGCCGGACCUCACUGCAGUGUAGAGGGGCCUCCGGUAGCCCUUUUACGCUGGAUAAGCUCCAACGAGGUGGACCGACGACCUGGUCAAACUGGCUGGUAGGGACUGGAUGCGGAAGGCAAGAGACCGAAGAGAAUGAGGUGCAUAGACCUACACUCAGCAUUACGUGGAUACGGGUUGUAGAAGAGAAGCCCUCGUGGGUGGAUAGUACCUGCUACUCCUGCUACUUCUGCUAA